CUGUCUCCAGCUUCUCCUCGCAGCUUCCAAUAGUAUAAACUAUCUCUACGUUGCCACGGUUUCUUCACAGUAGCCUUCUGUCUUUCUUCCACAGCGUACCAGUUUUGCCUUGUGUUUUAUCGCUCGGCUUCGUUACCAUGGCCGCCGCUACCGCCAUGCACUCCACCGCCUUGGCUGGGCAGAGCCUGCUCAAGCCCGUCAACGAGCUCUCCCGCAAGGUGGGCAAUGUUGAGGCCCGUAUCUCCAUGAGGAAGACUGCCAGCAAGUCCUCCGACAGCAUCUGGUACGGUGCUGACCGACCCAAGUACUUGGGCCCCUUCUCUGGUGAGACCCCCUCAUACCUCAACGGUGAGUUUGCUGGUGACUACGGAUGGGACACUGCUGGACUCUCCUCCGACCCCGAGACCUUCGCCAGGAACAGGGAGCUCGAGGUGAUCCACGCCCGGUGGGCCAUGCUCGGAGCUUUGGGGUGCGUUACCCCUGAGCUUUUGGCCAAGAACGGUGUGAAGUUCGGUGAGGCCGUGUGGUUCAAGGCCGGAGCCCAGAUCUUCAGCGAGGGAGGUCUCGACUACUUGGGUAACCCCAGCCUUGUGCACGCUCAGAGCAUCUUGGCCAUCUGGGCUUCCCAGGUUAUCCUUAUGGGAGCCGUUGAGGGUUACCGUGUCGCCGGUGGACCUUUGGGUGAUGUGACCGACCCCAUCUACCCCGGAGGCUCCUUCGACCCCCUGGGUUUGGCUGACGACCCCGACACCUUCGCUGAGUUGAAGGUGAAGGAGAUCAAGAAUGGCCGCCUCGCCAUGUUCUCCAUGUUCGGUUUCUUCGUGCAGGCCAUCGUCACCGGGAAGGGUCCCUUGGAGAACUUGAACGACCACUUGGCUGACCCCGUCGCCAACAACGCCUGGGCCUACGCCACCAACUUCACCCCCGGAAACUAGACUAUGAUUAGCUGACAUUGCCGAAGUUGCCGGCGAAAUGGAGUUUGGUCACAGUGGAGAGAAUUCUCGCAGCCUUCUCAACAGAAUGUUGAUCUCAGAUUCGCGACAUUGACUCAUACCUUCCCAAAUCCAAUCUCUAAACAACCACGUGGGAUUAAUCUAAGACGAGUAGUGAAGAUUGUGUGCGCUAAAUAAACUUCGUUUAUAUCCCGGUGUCAGUAAACAAGUUCAGUUGUACUAUUUCUGCAAAAAUGUUAAUAUAUAUACUCUCUGUCAACCAUGAACUUACUGCCCAAUAAAUAUUUGUGCUGAAAACA